CGGCCCGCCCCCGGUCCCGCCCCGCGGCCCGCCGCUCCCCACCGGGCUAGCACUGACGUGUCUCUCGGCGAAGGUGCCGCGCUCCGGAGUGGGCUCCGUCUCCUCACUCGGAGCGGAGUGAAGUCGACGCGUGACUCGGAGCUCGAGCAGCCGCCGCCAUGGCGAUCAAAUUUCUGGAAGUCAUCAAGCCCUUCUGUGUCAUCCUGCCGGAAAUUCAGAAGCCAGAGCGGAAGAUUCAGUUUAAAGAGAAAGUGCUAUGGACAGCCAUUACCCUCUUUAUCUUCUUAGUAUGCUGCCAGAUUCCUCUGUUUGGUAUCAUGUCUUCAGACUCAGCUGAUCCUUUCUACUGGAUGAGAGUGAUUCUAGCCUCUAACAGGGGCACACUGAUGGAGCUGGGGAUCUCUCCCAUCGUCACCUCUGGCCUAAUCAUGCAGCUCUUGGCUGGGGCCAAGAUCAUUGAAGUUGGCGACACCCCAAAAGAUCGAGCUCUCUUUAAUGGUGCCCAAAAGUUAUUUGGCAUGAUCAUCACCAUUGGCCAGUCCAUCGUGUAUGUGAUGACAGGGAUGUAUGGAGACCCCUCUGAGAUGGGCGCUGGCAUCUGCCUACUCAUCACCAUCCAGCUCUUUGUUGCUGGUUUAAUUGUCCUACUUUUGGAUGAACUCCUGCAAAAAGGGUAUGGCCUGGGCUCUGGCAUCUCCCUCUUCAUUGCCACCAACAUCUGUGAGACCAUCGUCUGGAAGGCCUUCAGUCCCACCACUGUCAACACUGGCCGAGGCAUGGAGUUUGAAGGCGCCAUCAUUGCACUCUUCCACCUGUUGGCAACACGCACAGACAAAGUGCGAGCCCUGCGAGAGGCCUUCUACCGCCAGAACCUCCCCAACCUCAUGAACUUGAUUGCCACCAUCUUUGUCUUUGCUGUGGUCAUUUACUUCCAGGGCUUCCGGGUGGACCUGCCCAUCAAAUCUGCGCGCUACCGAGGCCAGUACAACACCUACCCGAUCAAGCUCUUCUACACCUCCAACAUCCCCAUCAUCCUGCAGUCUGCCCUGGUGUCCAAUCUCUACGUCAUCUCACAGAUGCUAUCAGCACGCUUCAGUGGCAACCUGCUCGUCAGCCUGCUGGGCACCUGGUCUGACACAUCCUCUGGAGGCCCAGCACGUGCUUACCCAGUUGGUGGCCUGUGCUACUACCUGUCCCCUCCAGAGUCGUUUGGCUCUGUGCUGGAGGACCCAGUCCAUGCAGUGGUAUACAUCGUGUUCAUGCUAGGCUCCUGCGCCUUCUUCUCCAAAACCUGGAUCGAGGUGUCGGGCUCCUCUGCCAAAGACGUUGCAAAGCAGCUGAAAGAGCAGCAGAUGGUGAUGCGAGGCCACCGUGAGACUUCCAUGGUCCACGAGCUCAACCGGUAUAUCCCCACCGCUGCAGCCUUUGGCGGUCUCUGCAUCGGGGCCCUCUCGGUCCUGGCCGACUUCCUGGGUGCCAUCGGAUCUGGAACCGGGAUCCUGCUGGCAGUGACCAUCAUCUAUCAGUACUUCGAGAUCUUCGUGAAGGAGCAGAGUGAGGUCGGCAGCAUGGGUGCGCUUCUGUUCUGAGCAGGAGGCUGCAAGCUGCUGGAAGGAGCCCCACUGCAGAGAGUGCUGCUGUGGCAUGUGAACUUGUGUUUAAUGAUGGGUUUUUAAUUUCAUAUUCUUUCAUUCCACUGCGUAAAGUGCUAGAAAUUUUCCAAUUUAAAAUUUUGCUUUUAGUUUUUGGGCACUGGCAAAAAAAACAUAGAAGAAAGUAUUUGUCAGCUGGCCACCAAAGUUGGUGGUAAGCAAUUGUCCCCAAGUAUCCUUGUCACUUUCGUCUGAACCUUCUUGGCUGCAGGGGUCCCCACUGUCCCCCACGUGGGUGGGCAGUGUCCCACUCUGGUUGGAAGCACAAACACUGAAACCCCUUCAGGUAAUGGAGCAGCACAUGUGGCCUCUGGGGACAUGGUGAUGGGAGCACCAGCUGUCCCUUGCCCUCACCUGGGAGGGAGAGUCUGGCUUAUCACUGUUCUGUGUGAGGCUCCACUGUUCCCUUUCUACAGAGUAUCUUAAGGCAGACCUUUUCUUCAGAGGGACAUGUUCCCCAGAAAUUGCUGCAUGCACCAUGGAUCCUUUGGGACAGUGUGCCAGGUUCUAGAGGAAUGGCUGCCUGAUCCCAGUGCUGCCUGUUGUCACUGGGUUAUGUCCUUGUUCAUGGCUGCACUUGCUCUUCCCAUGAAUCCCCAGGGAGGGGAUCUCUUGUACCUGCCACCAGACACAGAAGGGAGAGGUUUGUGUUAAAGAGUCACCUCGGGUCCAGGUACAAGCAAGCAGGUGAC